AGCCAUAGUUUCUAUGGAUACCGAGGUGUAAACAAAGCAGUCCCAGCAAGCCUACAAGAACAUUUUAAUAGAGUUUGGAAGACACAGAGGGAUCUCUGAGAAGUUCCAGCCUGUUUGUGAUGUUAGUGGAAGUAUGCAAAGUACAACAACUUCAAACUUUUGAACAGGAAAUUAUUUGACUCUAAAGAGAUGCCAAACUACAAGGAAUCUCAGGGAAGAACAGUCUCCCGGCCCAUUUCAGCCACCCCAGACACUCUGAUUGCAAAUAGAUAUUUGACACUGCAGAGACUUGGCAAGGGAAGUUUUGGAACCGUUUAUUUAGUAUUAGACAAGAAGGCAAAGGAAGAAGACAAACAAAAGGUGCUGAAAGAAAUAGCUGUUGGUGAGUUGAAUCCAAAUGAAACAGUUCAAGCUAACCUGGAAGCGCAACUACUCUCAAAGCUAGACCACCCAGCCAUUGUGAAGUUUCAUUCAAGCUUUCUAGAGAAUGCAAGUUUCUGCAUCAUCACUGAGUAUUGUGAGGGUCGAGACCUUGAUUAUAAGGUACAAGAAUACAAGAAAAAUGGUGAUGUAAUUCCUGAAAGUCAAGUGACAGAAUGGUUAAUCCAGUUACUGCUUGGUGUAAAUUAUAUGCAUGAAAGGAGAAUUCUUCACAGAGAUUUAAAAGCAAAGAACAUUUUUCUGAAGAACAAUCUGCUUAAAAUUGGGGAUUUUGGGGUUUCUUGCCUUCUGAUGGGAUCCAGUGACCUGGCAACAACUUUCACCGGGACUCCAUACUAUAUGAGCCCUGAAGUCUUGAAUCACCAGGGAUACGAUUCAAAGUCUGACAUUUGGUCCGUUGGCUGCAUUCUUCAUGAAAUAUGCUGCUUGGAACAUGCUUUUACUGGACACAGUUUUUUAGCUGUUGUUAUGAAAAUUGUGAAAGGUCCAACACCAUCUCUACCUGAUUGUUACUCUAGUGACCUUAAUUUUAUAAUGAGCAGAAUGCUAAACAAAGAGCCAUUACUUCGUCCAGGAGCAGUGGAGAUUUUACAGAUUCCAUAUAUAUUUGAUCAGCUACAGAAAGUACAGUGGAAGCUUUAUGGAUCCAUACUUGAAGAUGACAAAACCAUUAUCUGUCAGAAGGAAGCUGACCAAAUUAGAAAUGCUGUUCAGAGAAAGUUCCAUCUUCAAACUCUUCGUGAGCUUUCGGAGGUCCAGAAAAUGACCCCAAGAGAAAGAAUGAGGCUACGAAAGGAGAGUGCUGCAGAUGAGAAGGCAAGAAGGCUGAAGCAGCUUGCAGAGGAAAAAUAUAUUGAAAAUCAGCAGAGAAAGAAAGAGUUGAGGUCCCGUAAUUUUCAGGAACUAAGCAUUAAUGUGCUCAAUGGUGAUAACGAGCCUCAAAAAUAUCUUAUGCAAUCAGAACCAGUGAGUGCAAGACGCAGUGAUGGCAGCACUGAAACAAAUGAUAGACUGUGUGCAUCUGAGCCUUAUAGUCGUGAUAUUCCAGAAGACCCACUUAUAGCAGACCAAUAUUAUGAAGACGGCUUUGAAUCUUGUUCUGAAGAAAGUGAUACAGAAUCUGCAGAGGAAGAAGAUGAUGCACAAGAGACACAGAUAACACAAACAACCUAUCAACAGGACACCGAUUUCAAAGCUAUGAUUCUUAAACUGCAAAGUGUGCUGGCUUCCAGCUAUACAGAUACUCAGACUGCCACCAAAAUGUCUCCACCAAUUCCCUUGACAUCAAAUGCUAUCAAUGACAUUAUGGCACAGACUAAGUUGAAGCGCAUGAGAGAGUCAGCUGUGCAAAGUCUGGGCGAGAGAGCAUUUGAAAAGGUUUAUAAUUAUCUCAAGUAUGCCCGAAAAAAUAACAUCAGUGAGAAAGAGGUGAAGCAGCAUCUGGAGACUCUUGUUUCCCGGCCGAAUGACUGUUUUGUAGUGGACCAGAUCCUAUACUUUGAAGAAGAGCUUUUCGAUGCAUCAUCAGGGCUUGUCAAAGCCUGAUGUUACUUACCCCUGGAGGAAUACUGAGACAUCCACAGGCAUGUGCUACCAAUAUUUAGCUUAACAGGCUACAGAUUGUAUGGCAGAUUACAGCUGCUCGUCUUCUGCUGCCAAGUAUUUUCAGCAUACUAGAGGGAGAAGUAUGUUACAAACUUCUGAAACAUCGCUUUAAUUACAGCAGUAUUAGAUACAAUUCAAAUAUUGUAUUAGUGAAAUGGUGAAGCUUUGACAUUGUAUGACGUUAUACAUUUUAACCAGUUUUUUUUUAUAUUUGGUGUUUUAUUGGAGAUUUUUUGUGAAAACCCAUCAGGCUAGGAAGUUAAUAAGAUAUGCUUCAAAUGUUAAAUGUGUUUUCCUCUUUAGGAUUGUGACUAUCAGUAUCAGAAUGUGCUAUUGAAUAUGUUUUUAUUACUGUGUGUGCUCAAAUUCAUUUUGGUUACUUUUAACAGUAGCAUCAGAAACUGGCAACAUGAGGAUCAAUCAAAAAACACUGAACAGGGUCUAAAGCAGACCACAUAUAUUAAAAUCUUGGCAGGAGUAUUUUAGAUUUACUAACAGCUACAUAGUGCAAAAGGUCUACCUAAAUCAAUAUAAAUUGAAUUGAUUUUUUAAAUAGGCCAUCACUAAAUGUAGUUGUUGGCUGACCAAAAAAAGAUUAUAAAAAGCGUGUACAGAUUGUAAAGUGUCUGGUCAGCUUUAUUAUUUACAAAAGCUAGAAAGGUUGCCAUACU